GUUCAGACAAAUUCAAAAUACGACCUAGGACAGACAGCCAUGUUGCCCCUUGUUCUUUUCCUCGUCCUCUUCAACUUUUCUUCCUCAAGGGCGGCCUCCGAUUCAGUCUAUGAAUCCUUCCUCCAAUGCCUCACAAAUCAAUCCAAACCAUCAGACGAUGUGUCAAAAAUAGUUUUGGCUAAUUCCAAUUCUUCGUACACCUCUGUUUUACGAGCCUACAUCCGUAACGCUCGUUUCAAUUCCUCUUCCACACCGAAACCUGUAAUCAUCAUCACCCCUGAACAGGAAUCGCAUGUUUCAGCAGCCGUAAUUUGUUCCAAGAAUGUCGGUUUUCAGCUUAAAAUCCGAAGCGGUGGUCACGAUUAUGAGGGCCUAUCUUACAUCUCAGAUCGCCCCUUCUUCAUCCUUGACAUGUUCAAUCUUCGGUCAAUUUCUAUUGACAUGAAAGAGGAAACAGCCUGGGUUGGGGCCGGCGCAACUCUUGGGGAACUUUUUUACAGUAUUUCACAGAAGAGCAAAGUCCAUGGAUUUCCUGGAGGUGUUUGUCCAACCGUCGGGGUUGGCGGACACAUAAGUGGUGGCGGUUAUGGAAAUAUGAUUCGGAAGUAUGGUCUGACGGUUGACAAUGUGGUGGAUGCUAAAAUUGUUGAUGUUAAGGGUAGGAUUCUUGACAGGAACGGCAUGGGGGAAGAUCUUUUCUGGGCAAUUAGAGGUGGUGGAGGAGCGAGUUUUGGUGUGGUCCUUUCUUACAAGGUCAAGCUUGUUCCGGUCCCAGAAACGGUUACUGUGUUUAGAGCCGAAAGAUUUUUGGCUGAGAAGGCUACUGAUCUUGUCUUCCGGUGGCAAACUGUGGCUCCGACAACAGAUCCUAAUCUGUUUAUGCGGAUGCUUGUCCAGCCAAGUAGGAGAAACAAUGAGCUGACAAUCAAAAUCACGAUUGUCGCAAUGUACUUAGGGAAUGCUGAUAGUCUAGUGAAAUUGUUGGAGAAAGAUUUGCCUGAAUUGGGCUUGAAGAAAGAGAAUUGUACGGAGAUGGGUUGGAUUCAAUCGGUUCUUUGGUGGAAUAAUUUUGAAAAUGGAACAUCACCUGAUGCACUGCUCAAUAGAGAUCCAGACAAUGCAGAUUUCUUAAAAAGAAAGUCAGAUUACGUGCAGAAACCAAUUUCUAAAGAUGGAUUGGAAUGGCUGUGGAAAAGGAUGAUUGAAUUGGGAAGACCCGGUUUGGUUUUCAAUCCUUAUGGAGGCAGAAUGGCUGAAAUUAAAGCUACAGAUACUCCAAUGCCCCAUAGAGCUGGGAACUUGUUUAAAAUUCAGUACUCUACCAGUUGGACCAACUCCAGCGAAGAAGUAGCCAAGAACAGCAUAAACAUGUUGAACAGGCUUCACAGUUAUAUGACUGGCUUUGUGUCCAAAAAUCCGAGAAGCGCAUUUUUCCCAUACCGGGAUAUUGACAAUGGUAUUAAUAAAAAUGGCAGUUAUGAAGAGGGCAAAGUUUAUGGAGUGAAGUAUUUCAACGACAACUUUGAGAGAUUAGUGGAUGUAAAGACUGCAGUUGAUCCAGAGAAUUACUUCUGGAAUGAACAGAGCAUUCCUCCCCGUGGAACCACCUAGGCAUAAGGAAAGAUUUAGUACAAUUUUUGUAGUCAGAGAAAUAUUUUCUUGAUUUCUUUCCAAUAAUAAAUUUUGAGAAUCAAU